AAAUUUUGAGGCCCCACCGUCUCCGUAUCGUGUACCCGCCAUCCAACGGCUGGAAAGCCAUCGCAUCAAGACCGCCUACAAAACGGAGCGACAGCAGGCCGCCACGUGUCGGCAACCAAGUCCUGUGAGCCAGUAAACGCUCGACAAAGAAGCAACAGUCCCCCACCAGCCCGAAGUCCGGUCCACCAUCGUCCUCUGCCGUCACUUCCCACUCAACAACAAACGAGCUCUCCCUGGAUUCAAUUCAGUGCACCCGAAAGGAAUCCAUAGAGAAUUUCUGGUUCACCAUUAAAUAAGGGUUUCCCCUUUGAGUUUUGUAUUGUUCAUCAUCUUCUUCUUCUUCUUCCUCCCUUCCUUCCUUGCUUCCUUGCUCACUCAUUUUAAUUCGUUUUUCUCGCGGCAGCUGAAUCAUGCGUUUGUGGUGGUGGGUGUUUCUGCUCUCCACCGUUGGUUGAUUGGGGUGGAUUAGGAUCUGGGGUGGGGGGAGAAAGCUGAGGUUUUUGAGGUGUUUAGAUGCUUAUCUGUGUUUUCCUUUGUCCUGGGCUUACCUUUGUUGUUGAAUAAACCCUAGUGAUUAGCAAUGAUUCUUGGUGUAGUUGUUUCAUUGCUAACGGGUAGUUGGAUGGAUGAAGAUUGAAAUCCUCUUCUCCUAGUAUCAUAUGAAGAUUGAGCUCUAGAGUAGUGGGUAUUUUGGUUUUCCUUCCUUGUGUGGUUGGGAAUUGGGAAAGGUGGAGGGAAAUGAAGGAGCCGGACAGGUGUAGAGCCAAAGAUGGAACCUUUGGGGUGGUUUUUUUAUGCCAAAAAUGGGAAAAUUUUUCAGAUCUGCCCAUUGGGGUUUUGGGAAUAUAGGGGUUUCUUUCUCACUGGUUUAGAGAUAGAGAUAGAGAGAGAGGGGAAAGAGGAGAGGAGGUGAGCAAGGCUGACAGAAGAGAGUGAGCACACAAACAGGCAAUUGUAUGAGGCGAGUACCUUUGCGGGGUGCGUGCUCACUUCUCUUCUGUCAUCUUCCUUUUCUCUCUUGGAAAGAAAAGACCCUUCCCCCUUCCCUCAUCCCCCUCACCUCUAUCUGCUAUUCUGCUUGCAUGCUUAACUGUAGCUGAUGAUAUGGGUCAUCUUAAUGCUCUCUUUUCCAUAUUAAUGUUAAAAGUCUUCGUGUCACUCUUUCACAUGCUAUUUGUAUUGCAGCUAUUGCAGAUCUCUGUGUAUAUGGUGCUCUCUUUGCCAUAUUUAUGUUAGAUGUCUUCGUGUCACUCUUUCACAUGCUAUAUGUAUUGCAGCUAUUGCAGAGCUCUGUAGAUGUGAUGUUCUGGCAGGCUUUCCCCUUUGCUCCCCAUUUUCUUUCCUUUCUUGUGUAAUUUCAUGGCCUUCCUUUCUCUCCUCUGUCUCUCUCAUACGCAAUUCACAGGCAGCAGCCAGGUGGGUUAUUAGUAGCGGUGGUGGUGGUAAGAUCAUCGGUUCUGUUGCUUUCUUUGUUACACUUAUUUCUCUGAAGUUUGCAAAUAAGUACCAGUUUACGAAACAUAUUGGAAGAUUCUGUCAAAACUGUUGUUUUGGGGGGAAGGAAUAUUUGGAUUAUGAAGCUCAUCACCAUCAUCAAGAAGAAGAAAAGGCAAUUUCUUUCGAAGUAAUUUUACUCCGUGUAACUAUAGCAUAUGUACUUUCUCUUAUUUUAUAUUGUUUAAUACACAGAACGAGGAAUGGACAAGCUUUGGCCUCAAUUGAAAAGCGUGGAAUUCGAUGGUACCUCUUCGGCAAAGGAAGAAUUGAAAGCCGGGAUGGAGGGAGGGAGACCGGAUGAGAAUGGAAUGGUACUUGCUAGCUACUGUUCAUGCUUAACGGAAACCGUAUUCUCUCUUUUCUUUCCCCCAAAGUUUGCACCUUUAUCUGCAUAGUUAAUUACUCAAAGCUUAUCUUAUUAAACCCUUUUCUUUCCCUUUUCUCUCGUUAGAUCUGUGAUCCCUUCUUCCUUCUUCCUGCUUAUUUUUUCAUGUUUCUUCGAUGCCAUGCUAGAACUGAAGAAAGGUGAUGCUUUUAGGGUUCCGUUUCUGUGAUUUUGGGGUUUGGGUUUUUUUUUUUUUUGGGUCAUAUUGAUUCUCAGCUUCAAAUGGGGUUUCCAUAAAAUCACCCGAUUUUGUCGAGAUUCCAUGCAAAUCGAUUGAUUCUGUAGUUAUAUCCAUCUGUCCGACUAUCUUCCCCCACUCACUGUUCCUUCCUGAAGAAACAUUUUGCUGUGGUGUUAAGGUUGAGAGAAGGAAGCUUCCCGGAAAUUGGCCAGAUUAGACUCUGUCGGUCUUCCCAGCAGCGGCAAAAUCUUAUUUGGCGCCGUAUAUGGGAAGGAAUAAUUGUUUCCCUUUCUGGGGAGACUAUUUUGUAGUUAUUGAAGGGCAAAGUUUCCAUCUUUACAGGUUCGUCAAGUUGAUUUCCUUAUGUCGGACUGAUUUCUCGCCUACUCUUUCUCGUGUUCUUCUAUAAAGGAAGCAGCUUGACAGUUCGGUUUAUUUUGCCCCGUUCUAUUUGCUUGCUGUUAUCUGCAGAUGGAACAGAUAUUGUCUUUGCUUUUGGGGUUGGGGAAGGGACUGUCUGCUGCUGAUACUACAAUUUGAGGAGCUAAUCAUCAGGUAGCAAUGCUAUUUUUUUUUUUUGGGUUCUGCUUAGAUGGAUUUCAGUUAUGUUGGUUUACUUCUGAUUUUAUGUUGAUGGAUAUUGUCUUGGUUGUAGCUUGCUUAGUUUGAAAUCUCUCUCAUUGAUAAUGACAUAGCUGCUCUAUUUUCUUACUAGAGUGCUUCUUCUUUUAAGCUAAUUCGUGGUAUGUUAGUUGCCUUUAUUUAUUUAGCUUAUAAACCAUGUUGAUAGAUUUGUGAUUGCAGCACCACAUUGUAUUCAGAGAGUGUUGAUUGAUUGUUUUGGAAGAUUUUUUUUUUUUAUGAUGAUUUUGACUAGAAAGUAUGUGGCAUUGGAUAUAGAAAGAUAGCUGAGGAUGAGUGGCUUUGAAAUUCCUAAUAGUACAUGAUGAUGAGAAAAGUUUCUUGGUGUAAGUUUCAAGAGGAUUUUUUUCUGCAUGGUCCUUUGUUCUUAAUUGUGAUGUUGCCAGUACUUUUUCAGCCUGUGCUUUGGAUAAGUAUUGGGAUAGUUUGUACUGUUGAUUUGGUUGGGGAUAACUAUCAAAUUCUAGAUCAAACCAUUGAUAGCGACAGGAAGUUUUGAUUUUUUAUUAUUAUUGAAAAGUGAAUUCCAGAAGAUAUGGAUCAUCAGUUUUGAGAUUAUAAGGCUGUGUUUCAAACAAGUGAUUGGUGCACAAGAGAACAGGUUUAAAUUCACAUGCAUGGAUAUAGUGACAUUUAAGAAAUCAGUCAUUUGGUGUUUCUUUUUUUUUUUUGUGGCACUGAUUGUAGAAGAGGCAUAGAUAAUGGCCUUCUUUCUUCUGAUUUUGAUGUAGAUUGAAUUGAAUAUAGGCAACUGAUGGAUUUAAGUAUUAAGAUUUGCAAGUCAUCAGGGACCAACGAGUUAUUUAAGCCGUCUUUACUUACGCCUGAAGUCUUCUUGAACUGGGUUUUUUGUUUGAGUUGUACAACGUUAUGUUAAACUGAUUCGUAGACGUUCAUGCUGUGGUAUUAAUUGUUGAAAAUGAUCUUGAACACUAGUUUCAUUUAUGUGGCAAGUUUUCAUUUUUUGGAAUUUAUAGUUGGAGAUGAUCCUGAACAGUAGGUAGGUUUGAUUUCCUUACUGCUUUCGGUAUCUUAACAUUCAUGAUUCGUAUCGUUAAGGAGUUUGAGCUGUUUGUUUUCUUUCUGGAGUGUUCUCCGAUUAGAUAUUUAUUUAAAAGUGUUUUGUUGUUUUCCGCUAAACGGUAAUGUUAAUAUCUAGUUAAUAGUUGAUGAUGCUCUAGAGUACUAGGUCAGUUGAUUGGUAAGUGUCAUUGUUAUGGAAUUAGUAGGUGGAGAUGAUCCUGAUGAUUGGUUCUUGUAUAUGCCUUACUAUCAUGAUUGGUAUUGUGCCAUGGAACAUAGAUCAAUUGGUGAGCAUCAGGAUUGUGGAAAUAAUUAUAGGAACGAUGUUGAACAGUAGGUCUAAUUUGCUCGCUGUUUUCUAUAUCUUAGCAUUUAUGAAUCAUGAUUCAUACUGUGUGAUGGAAUAAAAGUUUCUUGAGAAUAGUCAGAAUUGGCUAGAUCAUGAUUUUUCUCUCGAAAAUGGACCUGGAUGCACUUAGUUUAAUAUGACUACUCUCAAGACUUGAAGAAUUUUGGAAUUAUUUGACGUAAUGUCCCAAUAUGCACACAAAUAAAUGAUUUGGAGCGUAAUUACUAAUUACUCUAUAAAGUCAAUAGCGGACAGGCCUUGAGUUGAACUCUUAAUAAAGUUACCAAUUUUUGCGUGUGUUCUCCAAUUGAUAGUUUUAUCCUUGACUGUACUUCACCAAAAUAUUUGAUUGAUCUUCAAUGCAUGGUUUGAUCUUUAACAACUCUCCUUGCUAAUUCAAAACUUAGGCGGAUUUCUCAUAUUUGGAAUUGACUUCAUAUGCUAUUUUCCAUUUCCUUUGUAUUUGUUCAAAUACAGUUGGUUUAAUCCUUUACAUUCUUUGACAUUCGUGGCUGGAUUUGUGGGGUUAAUUAAUGUCGAAAAGGUAGCAAGGGAAGCUAAUGUGCUUAGAAUACUUUACUAGGGGCUGGCCAUUUCAGUCAUACCGUUCUUCUUGAUUAAGCUCAGUUGUUUAUAAUUUCUUGUCAUCUACUAGCAUAGGAUUGACAAGAGAGCUUAUAAUUAAAAAUGAAAACCAUAUACAAACCAAUUGUAGCACCCAGUUAUGGGUGAUUAUGCAUCUAGAUGGCAACCCAAUUGAUCAGCACCAAAUAAUUAAGUUAUUGAUGUUGGUUCGUGAUUUGCAGUUUUGAUUGGAGGUGUUACUAAGCGUAUGCUUCUGUUGCUGUUGAUGGCACAUUCUUUUAACUUGGCCAGUGUUUCUUCUGUAUUGUUUGAUUCUACUGUGAGUCUGUGACCUGACAUUACUGUCCAGUCAUCAUGGCAUUUCCUGUAUUGUUUGAUGUGGAUGGUUAAAUUUCCUUCUUUCCUUCUUUGUAGGUUGCUUCAGUGACAAUUUCCUUCUUUCCUUUUGUUGAUGAAUCUCUACUUUGCUCCUUUUUUGAAAGUUUGAUAGGAUUUUUUGGUUGGCUUCCUAUCUCAAUAUAGGUCACAAUUGUGUCCUUUCACUUGACCAAGCUGUCCUUAACUUACGACUGGUUAGUAAUAUAUAUUAAGGGCAAUCCUUGUACCGAGCUAUGCCUAGAGCCCUUUUACUCCCAUCCAUAUGUUGCAUUUGGAUGAAUUGCUGGAACGAUAAGAAUGGGUCUGCUUUCAUAUUUUGCAUGUCUUGUCACCAUCUCUAGUUGGUGUAUAGUGGUCGUAGGAAGUUUUAUUCGAAGUUGCUGGCCUUUUUAAUUAGUUUUCCUGCAUAUGGUGUUUAAGUUUGUGCUACAAAGUCAAUGCACAUGCUAUGGGAUGGUAGAAUAAUCAUGUGUGUGAUCAUAUUCAUAAUCAUGGAUUUACCAUGAUUACAGUAGUUGAAGAAAACAGUGUUCAUUCCCCCCCACUCAAAUCGUAUGCAGAAAACGAGUAAUGUAAAUGAAUGUGUAGGGUUAAGAUGCUUCGCUGUGGAGCAAUGAAACUGAUGAAUAAUUAACAAGGAACUGCAAAGCUAGUGAACAUUUUUCCAGCAUAUACUGUUGUAUCUCUCUUGGGUGAAGAAUGUUUUAUUUUCUGAAGAAAGAAGGAAUCACAAUUGGUACUGCCUUUGCUUUUAGAGCUUCCAAGGGUAAUUAAUUGUUCCAAUUCUUUUCAUUCAUAUAGUCUCUUACCAUGAGCUUGGAAGUAUUAAAGAGUUUGUCUUUUCAUCCCAUUCGAUCGAGAACUUCAUUUAUGCACAUCUUCAUGUGCAUCCAAAGUUGUCUCGCUUUACUGCUUUACAUGGUGAUUACUGCUUGAAAUCUGUGCAUUUAUAAUCUUUAUUGUGGAGUGUGUGAAAGUAAUAGAGUCUUCUGAACUUAAUUUUAUUCUUUCUGAUUCUGCAGCAGCAUGUUCUUUGUGUCUUCUGAUGUAUGUAUCUCGGCUGUACGCAUUAAGCUUCUAGUAUGGGUCUUUUCCUUAUCGGUUAAAUAUUGUGUAUUGGUUCUUCAUUUUUCUGAUCUCAGCUUCCUGAUAUCUGAUUAUUAUAUAUAUAAAAAAGUAAUGUUAUCUCAUCCUUUGACUUGUUGAACUGGUAGCUUUCCCUGUGAUACUCUCAGAAUGAAUCCGUUUCUGCCAGCAGCAUGUUUUUUUUUUUUUUUUUGGUUUCUUCUGCAUGUAUUUCAGCCCUAACUGAUUCUCAUUUAGCUUCUAGUAUCAAUUCUUUUUCUUUAAGGUUAAGAGUUGUGUGUAUUGGUUCUUCAUUUUUCUGUUCUGGAGAUAUACCAAGCUACCAAUUGUUGAGUUUUCUGACUUUGCUGGAAAGCAUUCUAGUAGCUAGGUUAAGUAGUUCUCUCUGUGGUACUCGCAGAAUGCUCAGAAUGUUGCAUUCAUAGUCUAUUAGUUUCUUGUUUUUCUUACCGACUACUAGUCUGCCAUAGUUGUGAAUGAAAUUAAAGGUGAUUGAAUGGAUUUAAUCAUGUGCAGCUUUGGAUUGGGGAGUCAUGUUCGAGGAAGACCCAAAGAGCAUAAUCUCGCACAUUGAGCUCUCGAUCUUCGACGAAGUCUCUGAUUCUAACAGCACCACCCGUCGCCACCAUCUGAACCCACCAAACAGCAAGCGUGCUCGAUUAUCCACCACCACCAGUAAUACCUCCACAUCAUCCAAGUUCAAAGGCGUGGUGCCACAGCAAAAUGGCCACUGGGGAUGCCAAAUCUAUGCCAACCAUCAAAGAAUCUGGCUCGGCACAUUCAAAACUGAGAGCGAAGCAGCCACAGCCUAUGAUAGCGCUGCCCUCAAGCUCCGCAGCGGCAAUGGUGGAGACAACAUUACUGUGAGGCGUAACUUCCCUCUCAAUACCUUCACCGCCCAAGAACCCGAGUUCCAGACCCACCACACCUUGGAAGCCAUCCUCAGCAUGAUCAAGGAUGGCACUUACCAGUCCAAGUUCGCUGAGUUCAUCAUCUCUCGGGUGGGCACUACCACUGAGCUGACCCUCAACCUCCCUCCUAGGCCGAGAAUGAUGUCAUGCGGUGAUGUCAGCUGCAGGCGGUUGUUCCAGAAGGAGCUGACACCGAGCGAUGUAAGCAAGCUGAACAGGCUGGUGAUUCCAAAGAAGUAUGCAGUGAAGUAUUUCCCCAGGGUGCCUGAUGAGGUUGUAGCAAGUGGCAACAACAAUGUGGGUGAGGAGGAGAGCAAUCUGCUGCUGAGCUUCUACGACAGUUCAUUGAGGACGCUGUGGAAGUUUCGGUAUUGUUACUGGAAGAGCAGCCAGAGCUUUGUGUUCACGAGAGGGUGGAAUCGGUUCGUGAAGGAGAAUGGGCUCAAGGCCAACGAUACCAUAACUUUCUGCUUGUGCGAGAGGCAUGGGGGUGGAGAGGUGGGAACUGUCGAGACGUUUUUCAUGAUCGACGCGAGCAACUGUAAGGAGAGCGGGAAUCCUCAGCCGGGUUCAAUGGUGAAUCUGCAGUUAGGCAGCACUAGGAGAUCGAGCAGUACUAUUCUUUGCAGCGAAACUGACGAGAUCAAGGAGCAGCUGAGGGCUGCUGAUGAUGAAAAGAAGGGGAUUAAGCUCUUUGGAGUGACGAUAGCUUGAUCCUUAACAGCUUUAGGAUUAGGGCUCAAAACAUUUCAUGUGAUGGUAUAUGGAGUAGAAUUUUGAUACAGGUCAAGGGCUGAAUUUUGUUGUGGCCCGAACUCGAUUGUGCAAGAUCAGUAAGUAAAAAGCUUCUAUCUUGGCAAAGCUGCAGCCUUAUGUGGUUUCUGCAGUUCAUCCUUUGCUUUCAUUUUAACUUUCACGGCUUAAGUUUGCUUCUUUGGUGGGUUCUACAUCAAUUUGAAUUAGAUCGAUGAGUCGAUCCACAUAUACGUCUUGCUUUUACUGAUAUACUGCUAGAUGUAACUUUGGUUGCUGUAUGGUGGUGGUGCUUAAUGUACACAUAAAAUGUCCAUUAGAAGUGCAUUGACACAGACCUGCCUGAAAGGUAUGUUCUUGCUAGAAUGCAUGAUCGGCGAAUUGAGCUUCGGGCUAGGAAUCUUUCUGCGUUUGCGAUAUCAUAUCGUAUCAGUACGUUCAUUGAAUGUGUACCGAGGAUCAAGUUGAUACUGGCUGUUAUCAUGGCGCGUGGUGGUUCUGUUGUAAUUCUUCUUUCUACGAGAAGCUUGAAUUGUUAUGGAUAUUUGCUCUUUGGUAUUCCUACUGUUGAUCAUUAGGGUGACACUUUGCUUGAGAAACUGGAGAUAACUCCAGCUGCACUGCAACUUGGUUUUUGCAGCGACAGUUAUAGUGAGUCUCGACCUGGCCCGUAAUGAUUAUUGGAUCAAUCUGUCUUGAAUUAUUGUCAUCUGGGCCCAUUUUCUACUACCAAGAUAAGUCACGCCCAUGCCGUGGGCCCUGCAGACAAAAAGCGUCAUCCGGGCCCAUUGGUACCGUCUUUGAGUUCAGAUGGGCUGGGCCAUCAAGUGUGUGUGUCCGGUGAGGAGAUGUUGAUUGAGGCAUUGAGCGAUUUUGAUUAUAUGCCGAACAUUUAUUUUACCAUCCCAACUCAACGAAAUUGGUCAUAGCUUAGAAGAGAAAUAAAAAAAAAAACUUUCUAUCUUUUGUAAAAUUGUAUCAGAAGUUAUAAUGGACUAGUUAGUGAUACAAAUGUGAUUCAAUCUAUAUCAUAUCAGUAUAAUAUUGUUGUUAAAAUAAAAAAAUAAUAUAAUAUAUUCAAAUAGUAUUGUUCCGGCGGUGUUAUAGUGCCAAGUCGGCCGAUUUACGAAUAAUUGUCAAUUUAACUACAUAAAAUCGUCCGAUAUGAUACUUUCACAAUAUUUGUGUAUCUUUUCGACCUUGAUGACACAACAAACAAUUUUUACUAUCCAACCAAUGAUACAAUACAAUUUAAUAAUGCCC